GUGCUUUUAACCCUGUGCAUAUACAGUAUACCUCUCCCCUGGAAUCCAAAAACUCUUCAGAUUCACAUUUCUCUGUUCUAUUGGUCUAUAAGUAUAACCCUUUAUAUACCACAGCAACACCUAACCCAAACUUUUCCGAUAUAUAUUUAUAAAAAAAGUCGUAUAACUAUAUCUAUAUAUGACAGGUUUUGUAUUCUAGAACCUUAAUCUCGAAGCCAAAAAGCAAAACCUUUAAUCAUUCCACUCUCCGACAAUUCACACUUCGCGUUUGGUCUGACUCUCAGGGAUGAGCUAUGUGGGGGUUUCUUCGACGAUUGGAACACUGCUCAGCCUAUAGUGGAACAUCUCCAGUAACUUUGGAGGCCCACUAUUGUAGCUGUCUUUAGGAGUAAGGUUUUUGAACAGUUUCUGAAGAGAUAUGGAAGUUUACGGGCCACUCAAAUCUGAUAUAAAUAAAUUAAAGCACCGCCCUUUGACUCCUAUUAGGACUUUAAGGGGUAUUACUUGUUUACUGGUGUAUAUUUCCACUGCCUUCAUGUUUUUAGUGUAUUUUACACCCGUGGCUGUUGUUAUGUUGCGGCUUGUCAGCAUACGUUGCAGUAGGAAAGUAACAUCCUUCAUCUUUGGUAUGUGGCUUGCCAUGUGGCCAGCUCUAUUUGAAAAAAUAAAUAGGACUAAAGUGGUUUUUUCGGGAGACAUUGUUCCAGCAGGGGAGCGUGUUUUGCUUAUUGCCAAUCACAGAACUGAGGUUGAUUGGAUGUACUUGUGGAAUCUUGCAUUGCGGAAGGGGCGUUUGGGCUACAUCAAGUAUAUCCUUAAGAGCAGCUUGAUGAAAUUACCUCUUUUUGGUUGGGGAUUUCACAUCUUGGAGUUUAUUCCUGUGGAGAGGAAGUGGGAAACUGAUGAACCUGUUAUGCGCAAUAUGCUUUCAACGUUUACGAAUCCUCGAGAUCCAUUAUGGCUCGCUGUUUUUCCCGAAGGAACUGAUUUUACUGAAGACAAAUGCAAAAAGAGUAAAAAAUUUGCAGCUGAAGCUGGACUUCCUAUGCUGGAGAAUGUCCUGCUCCCCAAAACAAGGGGCUUUUGUGCUUGCUUAGAUGCUCUGCAGGGCUCCUUGGAUGCAGUUUAUGAUGUGACCUUUGCAUACAAGCAUCAAUGCCCUUCUUUUUUGGAUAAUGCGUUUGGUGUGGAUCCUUCAGAAGUUCACAUUCAUAUUCGACGUUUCCCUGUUGAGAAGAUUCCUGCAUCUGAUAGUGAGGCUGCUGAUUGGUUAAUGGAUACCUUCCAGCUCAAGGACCAGUUACUCUCCGAUUUUAAAGCUCAAGGCCAUUUCCCUAACCAAGGAACAGAAGAAGAGCUUUCUACGCUGAAGUGCUUGGUAAAUUUUACUGUUGUAAUUUCUUUGACAGUUUAUUUUACUUAUCUUACCUUUUUUUCGUCCAUUUGGUUUAAAAUAUACGUAGGUUUAUCAUGUGCAUACCUUUCAUUUGCUACAUAUUUCAAAAUUCAACCUUGGCCAGUUUUAGGCUUUCUUAGAGCAAUGUUCUAUAGCAAAAAGACAAGAAGCGCGUAGUAGCUUGUGAAUUAGAAAUUGGAACAAUAAAUUCUUGUUUAUGAACUUAAUUUCUGAAUGUUUGAAUCUCCUGCUGUAAUUUUAAUGUUUUGGAAUGUUGACUAUUUGUUGGGUGAUCAGAACCUUGAGAGUAA